AUGUCUAAACCAAUUGUCCUCCAUAUCGGGGAACCCAUCAAGUACAACCACGAGUUCUACGAAAAUGAAUUUUGCAAACAAUUUCAAGUGGUACGAAAUGAUUGCCCCGACCGUACGACGUUUAUACAGGCCCUCAAGGACAAGAAAUUUGGCGAUUUUGCCGCCAUUUAUCGUCCUCACUUUCAGACGGGCGGCGAGAUGGGAGACUGGGAUGAAGAAUUAAUUUCUCUGUUACCAAGUUCCGUACGGAUAUUUGCUUCAGCUGGCGCAGGCUUCAACUGGGCUGAUGUCGAUGCCUUGGGUCGACGAAAGAUAUGGUACGCCAAUGGCGCCGGUGCAAGUGACGAGGCUGUCUCGGAUACUGGCCUGUACAUGAUUCUCUCAGUCUUUCGAAACUUUACACGAUCACAAUUGGCAGCGCGAACUUGCGACCCUAACCAGUUCAAUGCCACGCACAAGCUCAUAGCCACUAUAUCAGCCAACCCCCGGGGGCAUGUCUUGGGCAUUGUCGGGCUCGGAAACAUUAGCAAAAAGCUUGCCUACAAGGCAAAAGCGGCACUUGGGAUGGAGAUUCACUACUACGAUGUAGUGCGGGCGCCCGACGAUGUCGAAAAGGAACUCGGCGCAGUCUUUCACUCCUCUCUACACGACCUCCUAUCUAUCGCGGACUGUGUCAGUCUGCAUACGCCACUGAAUGCGCACACUCAGGACCUCAUCAACGCCGAUGCAUUUGCAGCCAUGAAACCUGGAGCAAGGUUGAUCAAUACCGCACGAGGUCAGGUCGUCAAUGAAGAAGCACUGGUACAAGCCCUCAAGAGCGGCAAGAUAUCCGCUGCGGGCCUGGACGUGCACUAUCACGAGCCGCAGGUGUCAAAGGAAUUGGCAGCCAUGGAGAACGUGACCCUCACUACACACAUUGCUGGAGGAGCUCUGAACACAAGAAUCAAUUUUGAGCUCAAUGCCAUGAAGAAUAUUCUGGCUGUAGUUGGGCCGACGGGACAGUUUAUCGGGGAGCCUUUGACACCUGUAAAUAAGCAAGCCUUUGAAUCGGUGCCUGCUUAG